AUGCCUUCGAAGGUUGCCCUGGUCGUGUGCGCCCUCGUCUGCGGCUCUGUCGCUGCAGUCCUGCCUAAGCGCGACAAAACCAUCACCAUCCCAGAUGAUGUCCAAUGGCACCCGGAGACGCAGGACAUUUGCACUGCGACGCAAUAUACCGAUGUCAUUAGUUUCUUCCUGGGCAACUACUUGACCCAUGCGGCUACGGUGGUCAAGUUCCCGGGCGAGCCUUUCUGUAUCACUCUCUUGAACAUGGUCCUAGUCAUUCUGUUCCCCUGCUUGGGCGCCGGCCGUGGGCUUAUGAUGAUCCUUCGGCCCUCGGUCAGAUUUAAGCACCCUCUUCAACGGGCGCUUCACUCUUCAGCGCUGGUUAUGGUCAUUCGGAGUCGAGAAUGGAAACCUAGAGAUGGUGAUUUACUGCGUUCCUUGUCAUUGCGCCCGGACAAGGUCGAUAGAUUUGGAAACGAUCCGGACCAGUAUUGGAGGAUCGCUUACGGGAGAAAGAAUCUCAUCGGAACAUAUGAGAAGCUGUACGUGAAAUCUACCCGACUCAAAUUGCCCUUGGACUCGGAGUUGCUGACAGAAAUUCCGCCCUGGCUUCUAAUGAACUACGGAUGGACUACGCGACAUAUGCACGUGCUCAAGAACUACAAGGUCUCGGGGCACUACGAGUUGCCUGAGGGCUACGGGCUGGUUUAUGUCCCCACCAACGCCCUUGUGGAAGAUACGCUUGGCCGUGAACAGCUCGACCAAAUCAUCACCCCGUCCUAUGACUUGGCGGGUGGUAUCAUCGCCAUCAUCCAGAUCUUUUUUGCCUGCUCUACCUUAUAUCAGUCUCGCGGAUACCAGAUUAAUGUAUAUGGCUAUGCGGCUUUUGGUUUCACGGUGCUACCGUAUCUCUUCAUGUCGCUUGUGAAUCUGAUAGCGAACUGUGUCGCACCCAACUAUUCCCAACUCCAUCUCGUUCAUACAGAGAUUAUGGAGGAAGCUAUCCAACGAGGUGGCAAUUUCACUCACGUGGUGGGCAAGCUGGAGAGUGAGCCUCUCCAUGUAAAAAGCCUUGUGGUUUUCCUUGGGGCGUUCCGACAAAAUGGGAAUGAGAUGCAAUGUCGCCUCGGAGAGAAACUAUACAUGCAUAAUUCUACUGAGCCGAUGUCUUGCGAUUCCUUGUAUAAGUCCGAGCAUAAACAGUAUCUUGAUACAGAUACAUACAAGGAUGCAGAGAAUAGUGUUUCUGCACUGCCGUCCGAGAACACGACGAGAGGGAAGGAAAGCGAGGAAGAGAAGAAGAAUGGAGAAAACAGAUUGGAGCUAGACGCACCGGUUUGCCCCAUCCUCAUCAACCCUGCUUGUUACUGCUUCAAGCUCGCCUACCAGAAUACAUCCUCCACGAGUAUUUUGCAUCGCAAUCGACACUAUGGCCCAAGGUCGACCUUGUUCGCGGCUGCGGUAUGGGUCAUCGCCGCUCUGUCCCUGAUUCCCAUCGGUAUCAUGUCGGGCUUCAAAGCCAAUGAUAGCACCCUGGCUCAAAGGGUGUGGUUGAUGGCUUGGUAUGCUGUCGGCAUUGUUUCGGUCUCGAAUCCCUUCUUCUCCGACUGGAUUGUCGGCCGCGGAUAUGACAGAGCAAUCGAGAUACGGAGCCACAUGAAGGAGCAUUCAGGCACUAACAAGACAUCCACCGGGUUCACAUGGAUAAGGGGGUCUAUCUUUUCGAUGAUCUCUCUUCUAGGCUAUCUUGCUCUCUUUGCCACGCCGGCUAUUGGGCGAUUCGUGGUAGUGGGGCAGCAACUACUGGCCUAUGGAUCUUGCACUGGACUUUGA